AUGGCGGACAAGAAAGCAUCCCCAGAGACCGAACAUAUUGAAUCCGAAAUAAAACCGGAGCCGUCUACUCUCAUACCUCCUCCUGGAUCAGAAAGACAACCAUAUGGUGAACCUGGCCUCAAGGGUAUCCUCACGAACAAGCGUCGUCUCCAUAACUCUGACAAUGGAUCAAUUCCUCGAACGAUUUCCGGAAGUCGGCCCCAAUGCACCUGGCGCAGGAUUCCAAAAGGAAUCCUCACUGCCAUGAUCGAGCUAGGAGCCUUCCUUGGAGCAAUGAACCAGGGAUGGAUUGCCGAUAAAAUUUCCCGAAAGUGGUCUAUCAUGGUUGCAGUGAUUAUCUUCCUCUUUGGUUCCGCUUUGCAGACUGGCGCUAUGAGCUUUGAAAUGCUGGUAGGUGCCCGGUUUGUCGGAGGUAUUGGUGUCGGUAUGCUGGCUAUGGUGGCACCGCUUUAUAUUUCUGAGAUUGCGCCACCGGAGAUUCGUGGUACUUUGCUUGUUUUGCAAGAACUUGCUAUUGUUACUGCCAUCGUAAUUGCGUUCUAUAUCACCUAUGGUACACGAUACAUCCCUGGUGAAUGGGCGUGGCGCCUUCCUUUUCUCAUUCAGAUGAUUCCUGCCAUUUUUCUCGGCGUCGGGAUUCCCUUCCUACCAUAUUCACCUCGCUGGCUCGCUGGCCGAGGCCGGGAUGAAGAAGCACUCCAGGUCCUCUGCAAAUUGCGAGGUGUCGAUGCUACAGACGAGCGCGUGAUCCGAGAGUGGGUUGAGAUUCGGUCCGAGGUAGCCUAUUGCAACGAAGUGAGCAUUUUGAGACACCCAAAGUGCCAGGAUGGAAGUUAUGCCAGUCGUGCAAUGCUUCAUGUCUGGAGCUAUCUGGGUUGUUUCCGAAAAGGGUGUUGGAAGCGUACGCAUGUCGGUAUUGGAUUGAUGUUUUUCCAACAAUUUGGCGGCGUCAACGCUCUCAUCUACUACUCACCCAGUUUAUUCGAAGGAAUGGGUCUAGACUACGAGAUGCAACUCCACAUGUCCGGAGUCAUCAACAUCUGCCAGAUGUUAGCUUGCUUCUGGUCAUUAUGGGGAAUGGAUAAAUUCGGCCGGCGGCCUUUGCUCUUUGGUGGUGCUGGUUGCAUGGUUCUUGCGCAUUUUAUCAUCGCCGUUCUGAUGAGCCAAUACCAAUCCAACUGGCCUGCGCAUUCCACAGAGGGCUGGGUUUGUGUCGCGUUCUUGUGCUUCUUCAUGCUGACCUACGGAGCUACUUGGGGUCCUAUCCCUUGGGCUAUGCCGGCUGAGAUAUUCCCUUCCUCGCUACGUGCUAAGGGUAUGGCGUACUCCACAAUGUCGAACUGGCUUAACAAUUUCAUCAUUGGGCUUAUUACUCCGCCGCUUGUGCAAAACACUGGGUAUGGUACUUAUGUGUUCUUUUGUGUGUUUUGUGCUCUGUCGUUUGUUUGGACGUGGUUGUUUGUUCCGGAGACUAAUGGAAAAACUUUGGAGGAAAUGGACUCUGUCUUUAAGGAUAAUAGCUCGAGUGAGGAGAUAGAACAGCGCGCGAGGAUUGAGGCUACCAUCUGGGCCCAUGCUGCGGGGCGAUCUCAUGGGCUCGAAGGCACUCAUCAAAUCACUUAG